AUGGCGACUAUUAAGAAGAUCAAGGUCAAGAAUCCGGUGGUGGAGCUGGAUGGGGAUGAGAUGACGAGGAUUAUCUGGCAGGACAUUAAGGACAAGUUCAUCCACCCAUACCUCGACAUUGACCUAAAAUACUAUGACUUGGGUCUGCCAUACCGUGACGAGACCAACGACCAGGUCACUCUCGAUGCCGCCGACGCAAUUCAGAAGUACUCGGUUGGCGUCAAGUGCGCGACCAUCACACCAGAUGAGCAGCGAGUGGAAGAGUUUAAGCUUAAGAAGAUGUGGCUAUCCCCCAACGGCACCAUCCGAAACCACUUAGGCGGCACCGUAUUCCGCGCCCCCAUAGUCAUUCCCCGCAUCCCCCGUCUCGUGCCCGGGUGGAAACAGCCCAUCAUAAUUGGGCGUCACGCCUUCGGCGACCAAUACCGAGCCAAAGACCGCGUCAUUGACGGCGAGGGCACCCUCGAAAUGGUCUUCACUCCCAAAGGUGGCGCACCAGAGACCAUCACCGUCUUCGACUUCCCCGCCGGCGGUGGUGUCGCACAGACGCAGUACAACACCGCUGAGAGCAUUUCCGGGUUCGCGCAUGCUAGUUUUAAGUUUGCGCUGGAUAAGAAGUGGCCAUUGUACAUGAGCACAAAGAACACGAUCCUCAAAGCGUAUGAUGGCCGAUUCAAAGAUAUCUUCCAGGAGAUCUAUGAUGGACAGUACAAGAAGGAUUUCGAGGCCAAGGGAAUCUGGUAUGAGCACCGACUCAUCGAUGAUAUGGUAGCCCAGAUGAUCAAAUCCGAGGGUGGUUUCGUCAUUGCUAUGAAGAACUACGACGGUGACGUCCAAUCCGACAUCGUCGCCCAAGGCUUCGGCUCUCUCGGCCUCAUGACCUCAGUCCUUAUCACCCCGGAUGGCAAGACCUUCGAAUCCGAAGCCGCACACGGCACUGUCACGCGCCACUUCCGCGAACACCAAAAAGGAAACGAGACUUCCACCAACCCCAUCGCCUCCAUCUUCGCCUGGACCCAGGGCCUCGCGAAACGUGGCGAGUUGGAUAGUACACCCGAGUUGGUGGCCUUUGCGGAAGCCCUCGAGAAAGCGUGUGUGGAUACUGUGGAUGUUGAUGGUAUCAUGACUAAGGAUUUGGCGCUGGCGUGCGGGAGGAAGGAUCGGGCGGCUUGGGUUACAACGACAGAGUAUUUGAAUGCGGUGGAGAGGAGGUUGAAGAGUGGGCUUAAGGAGAAGCUAUAG